CAAGCUUAAAGGCAUUGGAACAUUGGCUCUGCGCUACCAACUUGUUUGUUCGCGCUCACCAUAGUUUCGCCAUUGAAGGAUGAGUGAGGACAUCGAUGUGUCUAAGCUUAAAGUGCCAGAAUUGAGAGCUGAGUUAGGUAGGCGUGGUCUCAAUACUUUUGGGACAAAGCAAAUUUUAAUGGAUCGCCUAAAUGAUGCACUGAAAUCGGCAUCGCCAAAUCUUGACAAGAAACAACCAGCCGACCCUGAGGAACAGCCCCACUCAGCAUCUCCCAAUCUGUCCAGGCAACCAAGUCAGAACUCAGGACAUGAUGUGUUGGAUUCAAGUCCUAACGUUUCGCCGCAGCAUGGAUGUGAGAAUGGGUUAGUGAAUGAAAAAGAUGGUGGUAGUCCAGGAGACCAGAACCAAAAAUCAGAUCAAGAGAGUCUCAAGCGAAGACGCUCACCGUCACACUCCCCUCGCCGUAGAUCUAGGUCUCGAGAUAGAGACUCUCGCAGAUCACCUCGUAGGCGUUCCAGGUCCCCACAGGUCAAAUCGAAAAUGGUUCCGGAACCAGAUAACUGGGAAGAAAGUGUGUCAGUAUUUCUUGACACUUACAAUUGCGAUCUAAACCUCAUGAUUGAUGCUACUGGCUUCCAAGCAAAACCUUUAACAGAGGGAGGUUUCUCACUGAUGUGGGCUGGUGUAAGGGCAAACUACGGCUCAAUAUCUGAGAAGUCAUUUUUUGAAGUACGAAUAGUGAAGAAUCUCCCGGUGGAGAACUAUGACAGUUUGGUGGGUGGUGCAACUCACGUGCUGCGAGUGGGUUGGUCUACUGAAGACACCGAUUUUACUCUCGGUGAGGAACCUCAGUCUUUUGGCUAUGGGGGUACAGGAAAAAAGUCUACGAACAACAAGUUUACUGACUACGGUUGCACAUUCGGGGAAGGUGAUGUUAUUGGUGCUUUCAUUGAGUGGACAAAUACCGAAGCUCUUCUUAGGUUUAGUGUUAACGGAGUGGAUCAGGGAGAAUGCUUUCGUGUUCUAAGGUCGCAGUUGGGAGAGCGUUAUGCUUUGUUCCCGCAUGUGUAUGUGAAAAACGUGGAAUUCAUCUGCAACUUCGGACAAGAAGAUCAAUCUCCUUGGUUUAGCCCCAGUAUCCCAUCCGAUGAUCCUUUAUCCUGGCAACAAAUAAACAGUUUACCCCUUUCUUGUCGCGUACGUGGCCGCUGUCCACCGCAAUCAAAGUCUGAGUGUGAAGUGAUCAUGAUGAUUGGACUUCCGGGAGCAGGGAAAACAUAUUUUGCUGAACGUCACAGAACAGAGCAUCGUGAAAAGCAGUAUAAUAUAUUAGGAACCAACCUUAUUCUCGAUAAAAUGAAAGUGAUGGGCGUUGCACGGCAGCGUAAUUAUCAUGGCAGAUGGGACGUUUUAAUUGACAAAUCAACCAAGUGUUUAAAUACGCUCAUCAGUAUGGCGUGUAUGCGCCGUCGUAAUUACAUUUUGGAUCAGACAAAUGUGUACCCGUCAGCACAGCGCCGUAAAAUGCGUCCAUUUGAAGGUUUCAAGCGAAAGGCCAUUGUUAUCAUUCCUACUGACGAAGAAUUCAGGCGGCGAAUUGCCCAACGGGAAAAAGAGGAGGGCAAAGAAGUGCCUGAAACUGCAGUUCUCGAGAUGAAAGCUAAUUUCGGAAUUCCUAGACCUGUAUCCGAAGAUUCCUCUAGCGUUUUUGAUGAGGUUAUCUUCACUGAACUUGGUCUAGAUGAUGCUAAAGUACUGGUUGCGCAAUACAAUCAAGAGGGACAAGCAAACAGACAACCACCAGAAAAACGCCAGCGCUGGGAUGGUGGAAAUCGUGACCGGGAUGACUCUCGUAAUUCUCGUUUUCGCGGAAGGGAUAGUCGGGAUCGUGGUCGGGAUAUGCCACGUGGACGACGUGAUGACUUCCGAAGCUCCCCAAAUCGUCGGAACGAUGAUCGUGGUCGUCGCGACUACAGAGGUGGCUACAAUGCUUCACGUGAUCGGAGUCGUGAGGGAGAUCGUUUCGAUAGAAACAGUGAUCGGGAUUCGUUUGGCCGUCAGCCUGGUGGCAGGUACGGUGGUGGUCCUCCUAGCGGUCGUUUUGGGGCCCCGAAUCGCGGGCCGUUUCCAAGUGGAAUGUCCGGCCCGGGUGGGUUUGGAGGUUUCGACAGUUCUCGCGGUGGUAUGAUGAGGAGCGGUCCCGCUAGAGGCGGUUUCUCAGGACCUAAUUUUGACUCACGUGUUGGACGUGGGGCCUAUCGUGGUUCAAUGGAUCGAGGAAACCUGGGUUAUGGUGGGCCGAAUGAUCCAAUGUAUGGUCACUUUGAUGGUAGUACCGGUGAUGCAGAACCGAUUGGCAACGCUUAUGAUAUGAGUGAAGCCUCACUUUCUCAGCCGCCAUAUGAAAGUGGCCCAAUGAGCGGAGGUUUUCGAGGAGGGUACGGAAGCAGCGGUCGAGGUAUGCAAAUGCAGGGGUCUCGCGGAGCUCCUGGUCGUGGUGGAACGUCAAUGGGGCGUGGAGCAGUCGCCCAAGGACGUACAGCUAAUACUGAUAGGGGCGUUGAUCGUAAUCAACUAGGUCGCAACGCACCCAUCACUGGCCGUAGUGGAGCUCAGCCUGACCGUGAUAUGGUUGGCGGAUUUCCCGACGACAGCCAACAGUAUAUGUACGGUGGUGCAGAGGGUUACCAAAACCCGACCGACGAGCAAUACUCAGGGCCACCAAACGAUGAUUAUCGGAACAGGCGUUUUGGUGGAGCAGGUCCUUACAACGCAAAUGCACUACAGAAACCCGCUGGUGGUGGUUAUUCCACCUAUCAAAGAGGCAACCCUCCGUUCUCUGGCGGUUCAGCGGGGUAUUCAAAUGCACCUGGUGGUGGCUAUGGUCGAGGGAAUCCUUCGUUUGGGAAUCCUAAUACAGGAUCUAAUUAUCCCAAUUCAUAUACUGGCGAUCAAGGUAAUUUUACGAACCCAAGUUCAGAUUCUUACAGCGGAGGUAUGGCGGCGGACAGGUCUGGGAGACCUGGGAUGCAACAAAAUUCCAGUGUUCCAUUUGGAGGAUCACAUACCUAUGGUACCAGCGAACCUGAUAAAACAGUGAUAUCACAGAAUGAACAUUCAAGUACAGAUGGUUCUAGCUUGUACGCAUCUGGUGCUGCUCGCUACUCCGACAAUCAUCCUCCUGCCACUAAUGUCCCUCCAGUUCCUAGACAAUCGCGUUUUGAUACUAAACCUGAAACCAAUGCUCCUUCACAAGCGAAUGCGUAUAACAGCUAUGCUUUGGGAUCCAGUUAUCCAGGCGGAUUUGCAUCGAAUGGUAAUCAAAAAGCUGCUACCCAGGCGCCUAAUUCUGGUGGUCCUCGAGGUGGACGCAGUCGUUUCGAUGUUGGACCCCCCGCUUCUCAACCGAUCCCCUCAGCUGCUCCUGUGCAAAGCAGUACUUAUAAUCCACCAUCGCAAUCAGUUAAUCGACCAACACCUCAAGUACAACAAACUGCAUCGUCGAUCCAGCAAGCUCAACAGCCACAGAGUUACGGCUAUGGUUAUUCUACUCAAAACACAAAACAGGAUGGAAAUAAUAAUACGACGAACGCCCCUCCAGUUAGUCAGUCGUAUGGUGCUUACAAUUAUGGAUACGGAUAUGGUGCGUACGGGUCACAAACUACGCAACCGCCCGCAACCGUUAGUAGAUCUGCAACCACUACUGGUGCCACUCAGCAGUCACUGUAUGCCUCAGCUGUUGCUGAAAAGCCCCAACUAACCCAACAAGCAUCUGCACCUGCAGUUUCUUCCACCGCCAGUACUACCGCAUCUGACCAUUCAGCACCGGCUGCAGCAGCUUACGCUUCAUACUAUUACGGUGCUCCUCAAGCCGCUUCAGGAGGUACCCAAGGAGCUGGGAAGUACGAUGCAGCAAUGGUUGCUGCACAACAGUUUAAUGCCUGGCAGCAACAACAGCAACAACCUUCUGCAGUGUCUGGUAGCGUAUCCAGCAGCGUUCCAAGUGCUCCAACUGCAACAAUAACACCACAAACACCGACUGCGAAUCCUUAUGCAGGUUAUUACCCUGGGUAUUCUGCCUAUCCAUCUGGGUACGGUACCAUCCCAGUUGGUGGGGCUCCUCCCGGCGGGUUACCAACUGCUACUGCUCCACCAGCGCCAACCAUGAGUCAGUAUUAUACCGGUUAUCGCUAAAAUUGACUAAAAUACUGAAUUCCUCGUCCUACAUCUAGUUAAACUGAUUUGUUCCACAUUUCCAUUGUGCUAUCCUUUUGUCUCACCCAUCCUGUCUAUUAUGCACAAAUGUGUUAAAAAUCAUUCAUUAAAAUGUUUUAUUAUUACAAUGGGUUUCGUAGAGGUUCAUUUAGCUGCAAAUAUAUAGGCU